GUUUUUAAGUUUCGUUUCUCUUUCAGUUCUGAUGCUGGAUGGGUUGUGUAGUUUCACUUUCUUCGCCUACAUUUCCCGGCGUCUCUUAAAACUCAUCCAGUUUCUUUCAGUUUCUCUGCGGUGUCAUCAUAAUCCUGACAGAAAAUUUCCAAACUACAAUCCCGGCUUCCUGAAGGGCUGCAAUAAAGUUUCCGUCAUUGCAUUAACGUGCAUGCAUGCGUCUGCAGCGCUGCGCGUGACCUGGAAACACGCUGAACUUUCCUCUGCACUGAAAUCAAAAGUGAAUCCAGAACCGCAGGAGUCACGCAGACAUGAGCUGACCGGAGUACAGUAGUGGUAAGAAAACUCAAGCCUCAGAUUUCGAUUAAUUUAUCGGGAUUAUAUCGUGUGCGGUGGAUCAUCAUGGAGAACCGGAGGGCAUCGGCGGACACGCAGUCGCAGCUGCCCGGCGACAGGACGCUCGAAUGCCGCAUGGAUGAGUACCUGCGCUCGCUGGGUUUCUACCGCAAAAAGAUCGCCAAGGACGGGUCGUGUCUCUUCAGGGCCGUGGCGGAGCAGGUUUUACAGUGUCAGGCUUUACACUAUGAUGUUCGUAUGGCCUGUGUGAAAUAUCUGAGACAGAACAGAGCCACGUAUGAGCUGUUUAUUGAGGGUGAUUUUGAGAAAUACCUGGAGAAUCUGCAGGAUCCACAGAGCUGGGUCGGGCAGGUGGAGAUCACUGCUUUGGCUGUACUCUAUAAGCAUGAUUUUAUUAUUUUCCAGCAGCCUGAUCAACCACCAGUCAGCAUUACAGAGUACGGAUUCCCUGAUAAGGUGCGACUGUGCUUCCUCAAUGGAAACCAUUAUGACAGCGUUUACCCACAAUCCUUUGAGAAAAGUGCUGCCGUAUGUCAAUCGAUCCUGUACGAGCUGCUAUACGAUCGCGUUUGCGGUGCCGACCGCAGUGUUUUGGCUCCGUGUAUGAAGGGAGGUCGAGGACGCGAGAGGCUGGAUUCAGAGGAAUGUAAGAGCAGUGAAGAGUCGGACCUGGAGGAAGAUGAGUUCUGGUCCAAAGAGAAGACCACCAGUGAGAUGAAGAGCAGACAGCCGGCGAGGGGUCGUGGGAGAGGCCGAGGUCGUGAAGGGGCGCGUGAAUAUCUGUCCACAAAGGUGAAAAAAUCCCUGAAUCCCGAUGUCUACAGGAACGUGGAAUAUGACGUGUGGCUUCGUUCUAAGCGCAUUCAGCAGCAGAGAGAUUUUUGCAUGGCGGCAGGGAUGCAGUAUUCUGUUGGAGACAAAUGCAAAGUUCAGUUGAGUGGCAGUAAUCGUUUCUAUAGUGCUUAUGUUCAGGAGGUCAGCGCUGAUAAUGGACCCGUCACCGUAUUUAUAGAGGAGCUCGGCAGACAACACACGGUGCCGUUGUUGAAUUUGCGUCUUUCGUCUGAAGAGUCUGAAUCUUGGCAGAAAGUGUCUGAGAAGAGUAAAAGAUAUCCUGCACCAAACAAUGGACACACAUCAUCUGAAUGGGAGAACAGAGGAGGCCGGAAAGGAGGCAGAGGAGGAGGAUCUUCUUCAGCUCCCGCUGGCCGUGUAAACAAACAGCACUCCUGGCCUCCUCAGAGCACCGCAGAUGAACAGACGGGUGGACGCGGCAGAUUCAGGAGAUCUGAUCAGCGCAGUAGUCCUGUAUGUGUGGUAUCACAGGUGAAAGAGGAGAACACUUUGCUGGAACUUUUACACAAAGAUGAACACAACUUUCCAUCACUUGGAACAGCGCCACAAGCAGUUAAUGCUGGUGAGGUCAUAAAAAGGGGAGGGGACAAGAAAAGCUCCCGGAAGAAAGAUCACCGAGGUUCCGUCUCAGAGACAGAACUUGCAGAAGCUCCACAAAAGCCUAUUCAAGGACAAGAGAGUAACGCUGAUGAAAAGCAUGAGAAAAAAGUUACAGAGGAACCAGAGCAGAGAUCUACUCCUGCAAUAAAAGAGAAAUCUGUCCCUGCAUCUCCUGCUGUCACCUUUUCUUCAGCCCCCAAAUCUGCCCCAGUUCAGCCUCACACUGAUACUUCUGCCCCACCUGCUCCAGAUACAAGCGCUUCUAAGGCUUUUAAAACAACUCAGAACGGCUCUGCUCGGAGCACCAGUCGAGUUUUAUCUGCUUCACAGUCUGUAUCUGCAGAAACAAUCGUUCCAGUUUCAACCCCUGCUUCUAUUCAAUCUACCCCAGUGUCUAUAUCUUUUGGACAGAUUGGCCCAGUCCUGAAUGCAAUUCUGCCCACAGCUGGACCUAAUUCUGUCUCUUUCCAGUCCACUCAAGCAGCAUCUCAAAAUACCCCUGUGAGUUCAUCUGCCUCCACUCAAGUUAACCCAGUUAUACCACCUACCUCUGUUCAAGCACCCGCUCUAUCUGUCUCCGCCCCAAAUGCCCCUGUUAAAACCAUCCCACCAGACUCUGUUUCCACUCCAUCUGCCCCAGUUCAGACAACAGCCCCUGUAUCUUCUACAACCCCUCCCACAGAUGAGGGCAUUGCUCCAGCGGUAGACGUUCGUAUUGGCACACCAACCACAAAUGUCCCUCCUACCGCUGAGCCCACCCAAGCUUCAUCUCCAGUCACAUUUCAGUCCUCACUCGAAACGUCAGAGCCACGCCCCUGUGAAUCAUUGGCUAUACCUGCUUCAGGUGUACAAUCUGCCCCUGACCACCGGCCUCAACAACUCAUCUACCCUCCACUUCAGUGGUCUCAGCUCCUGCAGGACCCACUUUAUCCCGGAUUCCCUCAGAAUGAGAAGGGAGAGGGGGAAACCCUGCCCCCAUUUUCUCUCUCCCGAAAAGGAGAAGACCUACCUCAAGAUAUCAAUGUUCUCCGGUUCUUCUUUAACCUCGGCGUCAAGGCUUACUCUCAGCCCCUGUGGCCUCCAAUCUCAUAUCUGGGUCCUCUGACGCAAGCCUAUCAGAUGCACACUCGAGCUCCACCACCUCACUCUAACCCUACCGUCAUGACUCAGUGGCAGCCAGAAAACCCAACACCUCCGCAGAACUCGAGUUCCACCUCUGACACCUCGUUGGAAAGCCAUGGUCAAGCACCUGUUCCUGUUAGCAGUGGUCCUGUUGGAUCCAUUGAAAUGGGAGGAUACCAAAAUCAAACCCCACCUAUUCAAAUGCAGUCACCACUCAGACCAGCAGUGCCUUGGUCUGUUUCCUCUGGUCAAAGUAGCUAUACUGCUGCAUACCCAGUACAGUUUUCAAGUCCACCUUGUGCACCCCCUGGAAAUCAGAUGUACCCUCCCUCAUCUGUUGGAUACCACCAUGCCCCUCCUGGCAGGAUGGACGUCUUGUCAUGUGUUCCUCCAUCAAUGAUGAGAGGUCAAGAGAAUGGCCAGAGGUCCAUGACGACCCAGUUUGGCUCUUUGCAGAAGGCCGGUUACUUUACUGGAGGUCAACCCCAUUUGGGUGGUCAUGAUUAAUCCUGUAAUAUUCCCGUUUCGAUGACAACAAUGGAGCUUCCUUCCUUCGGUGGACAUUGUCCUCAGCCUAUUCCACUCCAAGGAGACGUAGCAGGAUUGAAUUCUUUAGCAAACGGAAACUUGGCUAGACAAGGGGAUAUGUUCCCAAUGAGCCUCCAUGCAGGACCUGUUCCAGACGAUCCCGCUCGACUCAUCCAUGCAUAUUUUCCUGAUGGUGAGCAAGAGUUUAUUCCUAACGUUGACCUCAGAGCUGGGCAGUCCUUCUACAGCCAAUCCUACAAGGGUGGAGGGAGGCGUGGCCAAGAUGAUAGAGGAGGAUACAGAGGGAGGGGCUACCGUGGCCGGAGAGAUUAUUCAGGCUGGGGAAGACAAGAAGACCAGGCGUAUGUGAGUAAAGGGCAUGUGAAGCGAGGGACGGGGCCAAGGUUGGGCUUCGAGUAAGCAUUUCAAUAGAUGUGUUCGGCUUCACGUGGUGAUGUGCAAAAUGAUCGAAGUAUAGCUUUGAUGUCACACGCCGCUCGCUCUGUGCUACGUGAAGUCAAACACUUCCAUAGAUAUUAAUGCUGGAUACACACAAUCGUUCUUGGUUUACAAUGACAACAGAUAUCCAAAAUCUAUUGUUUGUGGGUUUCAUUCCUCUCUGUGUGGUGUUUUAACUUUUUUUCACGUUCUUAUUUAAAAAUAAAGCUAUUUAUUUCACCUG